UGUCAAAAACGUUUCAUGAUCUUUUCUGGAAAUUCUCCAUCAUACAGUGGACAUACAUGUGGUGAUAAUGGUAGUGCAUGUUUUAUUUCCGAGGUUGGCGUUUACCCCCACUUUCUCCUAGCAGAAGAAAAUAAAUUCAGACAAGACACGAAGUCAAGUGGCUCGCCGCUGACAGGCAUUCGACCUCAGUUCAUCACUCCAGCUUGUCGAGGAAGUAUCUCCCUUUCCACUUUACUCAAAAUGGCCCAACCCAUCAAGGUGGUUGUUACCGGAGCUGCUGGACAGAUUGCCUACUCCCUCCUUUACCAGAUUGCCAAGGGUGAUGUAUUCGGUGACAAGCAGCCUAUUAUCCUCCACCUGUUGGACAUUCCCCCCAUGAUGGGUGUCUUGGAGGGAGUUGUGAUGGAACUGGCUGACUGUGCUCUUCCCUUAAUCCAUGGUGUUGUCCCGACUGCUGACCCUGCUGUUGCAUUCAAGGAUGUUGAGGCUGCAUUUUUGGUUGGUGCCAUGCCAAGGAAACAGGGUAUGGAACGCAAAGACUUGCUCUCUGCCAAUGUGAAAAUCUUCAAAGUUCAGGGCCAAGCACUUGAUCAGCAUGCUAAGAAGACAGUCAAGGUUCUAGUUGUUGGCAACCCUGCCAACACUAAUGCUUUGGUUUGCUCGCGCUAUGCUCCUUCUAUUCCCCGUGAAAACUUCUCCGCUAUGACCAGGCUGGACCAGAACCGUGCUCAGGCCAACAUUGCUGCCAGGCUUGGUGUAAAUAUUGCUGACGUCAAAAACGUGAUUAUUUGGGGCAACCAUUCCUCUACUCAGUACCCAGAUGUUAAGCACGCUACCGUCACCAAGGGUGGAGUUUCUAAGAAUGUGUACGAGGCUGUCAAUGACGAGGCCUUCCUUAAGGGAGACUUUGUAUCAACCAUUCAAACCAGGGGUGCUGCUGUUAUUGCUGCCCGCAAGAUGUCAUCUGCCAUGUCUGCUGCCAAAGCUGCCGGAGACCACAUGAAGAGCAUCUGGCAGGGUACUGAUUCUGGUGAAUGGGUCUCAAUGGGCGUUGUUUCUGAUGGAUCCUAUGGUGUUCCCGCUGACAUUGUCUACUCCUUCCCUGUGACAAUCAAGGACAAGAAGUGGACCAUCGUCCAGGGUCUGCCCAUUGAUGACUUUGCACGCAGCAAAAUGGAUCUUACAGGCAAAGAGCUUCUUGAAGAGCGUGAGGAGGCAUUGGCUGUGUGCCAAGAUUGACUUGUGGCUGCCCCAACUGACCACAGCAAGCUGUAGGGCUAUUCAUCCACCAACUUUGCCCCAAAGCAUUUUGCCCUCGUUAACAGCACAGUUGGGGACUCGGACACAUCACAAUCCACCUUGCUUCUUUUUUAUGAGUUUUUUUUAUUUGAAUUUGUUUUUUGUGUACAUACUUUAGUAUUUUAUUAGUUGUGGUAUUAAUUGUAGGGCUUGCAAACUUGCCACAUUUCUCAUUGUACCUAGUCAGCAAACUUGCUAAUCGCUACAUUCCAUUUUAGCUACCUGAGUUAUUCCGUACUUUAUUUGCCUUUGCAAUUUUACCAGCAUUUUAAAGCAUAUAUUUUUGUAUUUGUAUUGUAGGCAUUCUGUUAUUUUAAUUGGUGUCUGGUGCCCCUUCCCUCUGCUGCUGAGGGCAGUAUUCUAGUUUCAUGUGUUCAGGAAGCAUUUGUGCUUCUUCAAAUGUGUAAGAACAAUAAGAAUCUUGACAGAGUUCAAUAUAAAAUUGUAUUUACGUAAGUGAUCAAUAAAAAAUAAACGGGUCUGUUGGAA